AGGACGUGGCCUGCACCCGGCUGGGAAGGACCUGCGGGGGGGGGCAGGGAGGGACCCCCAUCCCCCGGGACUGCCCGGCGGCAUCAAUUCCUGGAACUGGGUGGGAGCUGAGCCGGUGACGUGGUGCAGCCGGACGCUGAGGGGCCGGAGGGGCAGGCAGGGCUUGCAGUCAGACUCCGGCGUCCAGCCCCAGCCCUGCCCCACUGAGAGCCAGUAGCCCCAUGCCCCCGGGGGGAUAGGACCCAGACAUCCCGUGCCCCGGUUCUCCACCCGCCGAUCCCACUCCCUUUCCCAGAGCUGGAGAAGCCAGGCGUCCGGCCCCAGCCUCCUGCCCUUGCCACAGGGCCCGCUCCUGCCCGGGGAGGGGCUGCGUAGGCAAGGGCCAGGCGUGGUGCGUGGCUGCAUCUGUGGGGCGUGCCUUCCGGUGGCCACAGCGGGGCCGUGGUCCCCACCCCACCUGGGAGCCGGGCUCUGCCACGUGGGCCUGCACCGGUUUGCAGGGGAGCCCUCAGGCCCUGCUGCACCCGGGGUCCCCUCACCUCACCCAGGUCCCCUCGCCAAGCCAGGAGACAGCCCAGGCCUCCGGGCUCCCACGGCUCUGCUACCCCCAGAGCCUGCUCCUGCUCCUGCCCCAGGAGGGCUGGACCCAGGCCUGAGCAGGCUCCAUGCGCUGGCCCCAGCCUUGGCCGGCUGCCCGGUGCAGGGCUGUGUGCAGGGGGGGCCAUUGUGCUGGCGGUGGGUGUGUCAGGCGGAGGUCAAAGGCCCCCACGCAGCCCUAUAUGUGGGGAGGAAGCGACACCUCCGCCUGCACUUGCAGCUCGCCCCAGCCAUGGGGAACCUGCAGGCUGUGCUGCCCGAGUCUGCCCGCACCUGCGGCCUCAGCUUCUGCUCCCGGCAGCCCUGCGCCCCCCCAGAUGACAGCGCCCCCAGCGACAAGGGCAGCACCGCGCCCAGCCGCCCCAGCGAGCCCCCCCGCUACGCCCGCAUCAAGAACUGGCAGACAGGCAGCAUCAGCUACGACACGCUCAGUGCCCAGGCCUGCCAGGAGCUGCCGUGCUCGGGGCAGCGGUGCCUGGGCUCCGUCAUGUUCCCCAAGCAGCUGGUGUGCGCGGCGGGGCAGGGCCCCUACCCCAAGGAUGAGCUGCGGCCGCUGGCCCGGGAUUUCCUGCACCAGUACUACAGCUCCAUCAAGCGGGCGGACUCCCCGGCCCACGUGCAGCGGCUGAUGGAGGUGGAGCAGGAGAUUGAGGCCACAGGCACCUACCAGCUGCUGGAGCCCGAGCUCAUCUUCGGCGCCAAGCAGGCCUGGCGCAACGCAGCCCGCUGCCUGGGCCGUAUCCAGUGGAACAAGCUGCAGGUGUUCGACGCCCGUGACUGCACCACCGUCCAGGAGAUGUUCGGCUUCCUCUGCACCCACAUCCAGUACGCCACCAACCGCGGCAACCUCCGGUCAGCCAUCACCAUCUUCCCACCGCGUGUGCCGGGCCGCGGGGACUUCCGCAUCUGGAACAGCCAGCUGAUCCGCUACGCGGGCUACCGCCAGCCUGACGGCUCCGUGCGCGGCGACCCCGCCAACGUGGACAUCACCGAGCUCUGCAUCCAGCACGGCUGGACGCCCGCGGAGCAGGGCCGCUUCGACCUGCUGCCCCUGCUGCUGCAAGCGCCCGACGAGGCCCCCGAACUCUUCCCCCUCCCGCCCGAGCUGGUCCUGGAGGUGCCCAUCCAGCACCCCACGCUGGAGUGGUUCACGGAGCUGGGGUUGCGCUGGUACGCGCUGCCGGCCGUGGCCAACAUGCUGCUGGAGAUCGGGGGGCUGCAGUUCCCGGCCGCCCCCUUCAAUGGCUGGUACGUGAGCACCGAGAUCGGCAUGCGCAACCUCUGUGACAGCCACCGCUACGACGUGCUGCCGGACGUGGCGCUGCGCAUGGGGCUGGACACGCGCAAGAUGUCGUCGCUGUGGAAGGACAAGGCGGCCGUGGAGGUGAACGUGGCCGUGCUGCACAGCUUCCAGGUGGCCAAGGUGACGAUCGUGGACCACCACGCGGCCACUGAGUCCUUCGUGAAGCACCUGGAGACGGAGGUGCAGGCGCGGGGCGGCUGCCCGGCCGACUGGGUCUGGCUCGUGCCCCCGCUCUCGGGCAGCCUCACGCCCGUCUUCCACCAGGAGAUGGUCAAUUACCUGCUCUUCCCUGCUUUCCGCUACCAGCCGGACGCCUGGAAGGUGUAUACCUGCAAGGGCAGCACCGUCACCCGGAAGAAAACCUUCAAGGAGGUGGCCAACGCGGUGAAGAUCUCGGCCACGCUGAUGGGCCACAUGAUGGCGCGGCGGGUCAAGGCCACCAUCCUCUACGCCACCGAGACCGGCCGGUCCCGCACCUAUGCCUGCAGCCUAGGCGAGCUCUUCCGCCGUGCCUUCGACCCCAAGGUGCUGUGCAUGGACGAGUACGACGUAGUGUCGCUGGAGCACGAGACGCUGGUGCUGGUGGUGACCAGCACCUUUGGCAACGGCGACCCACCCGAGAGUGGCGAGAGCUUCUCCAAGGCCCUGAUGGAGAUGACCUGCCCCUACGUGGGCAUCCUGCAGCCCGAGCAGCAAAAGAGCUACAAGCUGCGCUUCAACAGCGUCUCGCAGACGGACCCGCUGGUCAGCGCCUGGAAGCAGCGGCGCAAGAAGUCCAGCAACACGGACAGUGCCGGCGCCCUGGGCACGCUGCGGUUUUCGGUGUUCGGGCUGGGCUCCCGCGCCUACCCGCACUUCUGCGCCUUCGCACGGGCCGUGGACACGCGGCUGGAAGAGCUGGGCGGCGAGCGCAUCCUGGCCAUGGGCGAAGGUGACGAGCUGUGCGCGCAGGAUGAGGCCUUCCGCACCUGGGCCCGCUGCGUCUUCCAGGCCGCGUGCGACACGUUCUGUGUGGGCGACGAUGUCGAGACAGCUGCUCGGGAGGUCUUCGCCACGCCGCGGGGCUGGAAGCGCCAGAGGCAUCGGUUUGUGGUGCACACGGACGCUGCUGACACACUGCCAGGGCUGGCCCACGUGCACAAGCGCCGCGUGUUCCCCUGCCACGCGCUGGCUGUGCAGGAGCUGCAGAGCCCUGAGUCCAGCCGCUCGACCGUGCUAGUGUGCCUGGAUGCAGCGGGGCAACCCGAGCUGCAGCACGAGCCCGGCGACCACGUGGGCAUCUUCCCAGCCAACCGUGCCGACCUGGUGCAGGAGCUGCUGGAGCGCGUCGAGGACCCGCCGCCUGCUGACGAUGCCGUCGUGGUCGAGGCGCUGGAGACGCAGCCUGGCGGGCGCGCGGGCCCGGUGAUGCGCUGGGUGCAGCAGAGCCGGCUGCCGCCCUGCACGCUGAGCCAGGCGCUCACCUUCUACCUGGACAUCACGGCGCCGCCCAGCCCGCAGCUGCUGCAGCUCCUCGCCAGCCUGGCCGAGGACAGCACCGAGCGUGACCAGCUCCAGCAGCUCAGCCAGGAUGCGCGACGCUACGAGGAGUGGAAGUGGUGGCACUGCCCGACGCUGCCGCAGGUGCUGGCCGAGUUCCCGUCCGUGGCACUGCCGGCCACGCUCCUGCUCUCGCAGCUGCCCCUGCUGCAGCCGCGCUACUACUCGGUCAGCUCCGCGCUCGCCGCCGCGCCCGGCCAGCUGCACCUCACCGUGGCCGUCGUCACCUACUGCACCGAGGAUGGGAGCGGGCCACUGCACUACGGCGUCUGUUCCACGUGGCUCGCGCAGCUGCAGCCGGGGGACCUGGUGCCGGCCUUCAUCCGCAGGGCCCCAUCCUUCCACCUGCCGCCAGAGCCCAGCACCCCGUGCAUCCUGGUGGGACCUGGCACCGGCAUUGCCCCUUUCCGCAGCUUCUGGCAGCAGCGGUUGCAUGACCUGGAGACACAAGGGCUGCCGCUGGGUGAGAUGACACUGGUGUUCGGCUGCCGCCACUCACGCCUGGACCACAUCUACAAGGAGGAGGUGCUGGAAGCGCUGCAGCGGGGCGCGCUCACCCGCGUCCUCACUGCCUUCUCCCGGGACCCCGACAUGCCCAAGAUGUACGUGCAGGACCUGCUGCGCACACAGCUGGCAGGCGAGGUGCACCGGGUGCUGUGCCAGAGCGGCGGGCACGUGUACGUGUGUGGGGACGUCACCAUGGCGACCGGCGUGCUGCAGACCGUGCAGCAGAUCCUGGCCCAGGAGGAAGGCAUGACGCUGAUCGAGGCCGGAGACAUGAUCAGCGAGCUGCGGGACCAGAACCGCUACCACGAGGACAUCUUUGGGCUGACGUUCCGCACGCAGGAGGUGGCCUCGCGCAUCCGCAGCCAGUCCUUCUCCGCACGGGAGCACAAGUCCCUGGGCUUCAACGUCUGAGCCGCCACGGACCAGAGCCAGCCCUCAGCCCCAAUAAAGCCUCUAGUUUCCAUAACUGUCACAAAAGCCACCCUCCUGGGGACACGCCAGGCGCCGCUGGGGUACCAAGUCCGCAAACGUUUAUUGCCUGGGGCUGGGCACGCACGGACCCACGGAAGGAGUGCUGGGUGCGUUUCCCACAAUGCACCUCUUCUGCCCCGUGCAUUGCCCGCUUAGGGACCUGGGGGGAACGGGGUAGGGAAGUCAGAGUGAGGGUGACCUUGGCCCCAGCUCCCAGCAUGCACUGCUCCAACAUGCAUCCACUCCACAGGUCUCCCCCCAACUCCCUCCCCGCCAUGGUGUGGGGGCUGGCUUGGGGCCCUGCCAGUGUCCUGCCACUGCUGUCCCUGCCCUGCCAUGCCCAGGCCCCGUGUUCAGCCUGGCCAUCGCCCACAGCCAGUCCUGUCCAGCCCACGGCUGCCUGCCCCAAACCAGUGACCCUGACCCUGGCUUGCAGCAAUACCCAGGGGACCACCUACCCCCGUCCCAGCCCUGCCUCCCGUGUCAGGUCUGGACCCGGCCUGACACUGGCACUUCACGUGCGACCCUCUAGUCCAGCCCUGAGCACCCCUGGCCUGGCUGGACCCCACAACUGCAGACCCCUGUGCUGGCCUGGGCAGGAAGACUGUGUGCUCACCCGGGCGAGCCAGAAGCAGCUGAGGGAGGGCUGGGAGCCAGGGGCUGCGGCAGUGAGCACAGACCCACCCAGGGGUGCUGCUUGAGCCCCAAACUGGGCCCCCAACUCUCAGCUGCUGCCCAGAUCAGCCCUGGCCUUGGCCCCAGCUGGGGAGCAGGGAGGCAGAAGUGGGGCCACCCACACUCCAGCAUGGCUGGCCCCCCAGGGAAGUGACGAGGCCCCCGAUGGGGUAACAGCAGAGAGGAUGUGUUCC